CAAAGCCUCUUCCCUCUUUUUCCUCUAGAGGCAGCAUCGCAGGGGAGGAUGCUCGUGAACUUCUGAACUCACAAACCUGGAUCCAAAUGCUGCCCCUGACACUACCCAGCGGUGGGAACAUGGUCAUUACCACCACUAUUAAUAUCAGAUUUUUCAUCUAUGCAAUGGUUACAACAAAAUAUAUUGCAUACAGUUGUCAUGAGAAACAUAUAGCAAUGGAAACCGUAAGUUCUAAUCUAGAAAGAGCUCUGUAAAUGUUAAUUCCCCUCUUUUUUCUUGAAUCAGUCUUUCAACAUCCUCGGGAAAUAGGUAAAACUUUGAUCCCAAUUCUCAGAUAAUUUAUUUAGAGUUUAUCACCAUAACUAAUAUUGACAAUUUACAAUGUGCUCUACAGUGCUUAAUACACAGUAACCCCUUAAUGAAUGUUGUUCAUGGGGCAACACUUGCCCUCGCCUUUUCUCACCUGACCAUUCCAGCAUCUCCAUGGAGUAGAAAGGGACCUACUACUAUCUCCCUUUUUACAGCUUUUGAAAUGGAGGCUCUAGAGAGGUGAAUGACAUGCUUUUUUUCUAGGAUACAUGGCUGAUAAUUGGUAAAGUUUGGCAGUAAAUUCUAUUAAUUAUUGCAAAGCAAAGUUUACCAUUGCACUUACAUCCAAACUAGUACGUUGCAAAUAAAUCUUACAGCACUCACUGGAUCUCCAUGCUUAAGCUAUUCCAUGAGCUAAAGCUAUGGAACAUCUACUUUGAGCCAGAGAAGAGAGGAGAAAAUUUCUGAUUUAGAGCCACAUUUAUAUUACAGUCUAUUUACUAUUUACUAGACUCUUUACCAUUAGAGUCUAAUUUACUGCCCACAUCCCUCUUUUCUCAACUUAAAUGCCCUUUUUAUGGCUGGAGCUGCCUUCACCCCCAGAACUACAUUUCUAUUUCCUGCAGGUGUCUGGGCAUUUGCAGGGCUGGUAUCCUCUAGGUCCUCUCUAAAUGCAUCCGCAUGCUUGGCAUGAGGCUCAGCCAGACUUAUGGCUUAGAAGCGGGGCCAUAUCAGCUGGGUCAGGAGCAUUCCAAGUAACUGAAGACCCUUUAAUGAAGGGAAGCAAGACAGGCAACUUAAUUUAACAGAGAAACAGACAAACCUAAUAUGACAGGGCAGUGGCUGCAAGAGCUGCUGAAAGCGAGAUAUAUUAUUUUGCCAUUCUGGAAGCUUUAGCAACUUGGAAAUCUGACAUCCUGAGCCUGAACAUACCUUAGGUUCCACGAUAGACUAUCCUAGAUUUACAUGUGCAUUUGAAUAGUUUGGAUUAGAUGGCUGUCCAAACUGUUCACUUGGUGAUAUUUACUUAGUUGGAAAAACCAGAUCUCUUUGGCAAAUUAAACAUGACAUAAUUGUACUCAAACCCUACGUUUCAGAUCCCUCUAUUCAUAUCUAGUUUUCCACUCUUACAUCCUAUUCCGAGCCCGUUUUCCCUUGUUUUCACUAUUCCCAACGUACUAUCUUGCAAUAUGCGUUUAUUACACGAAUGAAUGAAAUGGUUUAAAAAAAAUUCCAAUAAGUGAUAUUAGGAAGAGGCACCAAAGGUUCACAAACUUAUUUUUGUGAAUUCUGUAAAAAAUGUCAUCCAGUGUCUUCGGCAUUAAAGGACAUUACCCCACAGCAGCAGCCCCACUGCCCUUCUAUUAAUCCGUAGCCAGAAUGGGCACUAGGCGGCCGGGAUUCUCCAUCUCGCCUCUCCUGGGCGCCAGGUGCGGCUCAGAUAAGCGCAGCCGGGUAGGAGUUUGAGGACGGCAAACUUUCCCGCUUCUGAGGGACGAGCCCAGAGAGGACCCGCUGACGUGCGAGGGUGCAACCUCCGAUGUACUACCAAGGAGGGCGAGGGUUCCUAUGUCUGUCUGGAGCGCGGAGGGGUGGACUGCAAAAAGAUCCCCUCUGAGCAGCUGGGAGCUCAGAAGCUCUCUCCAACCCUGAGGAGUGGGUCAGCCACAAGAGCAAGAAGUGAUGGCGUGGAGUCCACCCAGGGCCUGAGGCAUGAGCAGAAUCCACGCCCAUUAGACCUGGAGCCUGGGCGUUUGGGGCUGCACUGCUGGGGAGAUCCAAGAAGAAUCAAUGCUUUGGCCCCUGGUGACAUGUACACAGUGUAAUGACAGGAAAUGAGCAGAUUUGCAGAAAAACUAGUGUCCUGAAAUUUAAAACUAAGGCAUCGGUGCUUGUGCCAGGCAGUACCUGGAGGCUCUGGGAAAUCCACGAGAAGCAGCAGGCAUUGGUUCUGUUUUGGAGGAGCUUUCAGUCCAGUGCGGGAAGAGAAGACACCUGCAUAUGAGACAAAGAACUUUAUGAGCAGGGCUCUGGCUGAGAACAUGGCCAAUGACAUUGACGAGCUCAUUGGCAUUCCCUUCCCCAACCACAGCAGUGAGGUCCUGUGCAGCCUCAAUGAGCAGCGGCACGAUGGCCUGCUGUGCGAUGUGCUCCUGGUGGUGCAGGAGCAGGAGUAUCGGACCCACCGGUCCGUCCUGGCUGCCUGCAGCAAGUACUUCAAGAAGCUUUUCACAGCCGGCACCCUAGCCAGCCAGCCCUACGUCUAUGAGAUCGACUUUGUCCAGCCUGAGGCUCUGGCUGCUAUCCUGGAGUUCGCCUACACCUCCACGCUCACCAUCACCGCCGGCAACGUCAAGCACAUCCUCAACGCAGCCAGGAUGCUGGAGAUCCAGUGCAUCGUGAACGUGUGCCUGGAGAUCAUGGAGCCUGGGGGGGACGGGGGGGAGGAGGACGACAAGGAGGACGAUGACGACGACGAAGAUGAUGAUGAUGAGGAGGACGAAGAGGAGGAGGAGGAAGAGGAGGAGGAUGACGAUGAUGACACGGAGGACUUUGCUGACCAAGAAAACUUGCCUGACCCCCAGGACAUCAGCUGCCACCAAAGCCCUUCCAAGACGGACCAUCUCACAGAGAAGGCCUACUCAGACACCCCCAGGGACUUCCCUGACUCCUUCCAGGCUGGCAGUCCUGGCCAUCUGGGGAUGAUCCGGGACUUCUCCAUCGAAUCUCUGCUGAGGGAGAACCUGUACCCCAAGGCCAACAUCCCUGACAGGAGACCCUCCUUGUCUCCAUUCGCCCCAGACUUCUUCCCACACCUCUGGCCAGGGGACUUUGGUGCCUUUGCCCAGCUGCCUGAGCAGCCCAUGGACAGUGGGCCACUGGAUCUGGUCAUCAAGAAUCGGAAGAUCAAGGAGGAGGAGAAGGAGGAGCUGCCCCCACCCCCACCGCCACCUUUCCCUAAUGACUUCUUCAAGGACAUGUUCCCUGACCUGCCCGGGGGGCCUCUGGGACCCAUCAAGGCGGAGAACGACUACGGUGCCUAUCUCAACUUCCUGAGUGCCACCCACCUGGGAGGCCUCUUCCCACCCUGGCCCCUGGUGGAAGAGCGCAAGCUGAAGCCCAAGGCCUCUCAGCAGUGCCCCAUCUGCCACAAAGUCAUCAUGGGGGCCGGGAAGCUGCCGCGGCACAUGAGGACCCAUACUGGGGAGAAGCCAUACAUGUGCACCAUCUGCGAGGUCCGCUUCACCAGGCAGGACAAGCUGAAAAUCCACAUGCGGAAGCACACAGGGGAGCGGCCCUACCUGUGCAUCCACUGCAACGCCAAGUUCGUGCACAACUACGACCUCAAGAACCACAUGCGCAUCCACACGGGCGUGCGGCCCUACCAGUGCGAGUUCUGCUACAAGAGCUUCACGCGCUCUGACCACCUGCACCGCCACAUCAAGCGCCAGAGCUGCCGCAUGGCGCGGCCCCGACGCGGCCGCAAGCCUGCUGCGUGGAGGGCCGCCAGCCUGCUCUUCGGGCCCGGCGGCCCGGCCCCCGACAAGGCGGCCUUCGUGAUGCCCCCCGCGCUGGGCGAGGUGGGCGGCCACCUGGGUGGCGCAGCCGUGUGCCUCCCGGGCCCCAGCCCCGCCAAGCACUUCCUGGCAGCGCCGAAGGGCGCCCUGAGCCUGCAGGAGCUGGAGCGGCAGUUCGAGGAGACGCAGAUGAAGCUGUUCGGGCGCGCGCAGCUGGAGGCUGAGAGGAACGCGGGGGGCCUCCUGGCCUUCGCGCUGGCCGAGAACGUGGCGGCGGCGAGGCCCUACUUCCCGCUGCCCGACCCGUGGGCCGCCGGCCUGGCCGGCCUCCCUGGGCUCGCUGGCCUCAACCAUGUGGCCUCCAUGUCCGAAGCCAACAACUAGGCUGGUCCCUGUCGGCUCCAGCCCACCAGCCCUCCAGUCCUUCUCCCUCCAGGCCCGCUCUACCCUACCCCAUGGAUCUGAACUUUUCAUUUUAAAAACACAAAGGGAAAAUGGGAAAAAAUAAUAAUAAUAAUACUAUCAGUGAUGGCAUUUUCCCGGGCUCCUAAAGCAGCUGCCUCCUUUUGCUGGUCUGAGACGGGCAUCUUUUCCCAAAAGGCCAGGAGCCCGGGCCUCCCUCCCUGGCUGUCUCUCUGGCUUUCACAUAGAAACUUGCACUGGCCCAUGCCACAAAGAACUGGGUGCCCAGGGGCACUUAGGAGCUGGGUGAGUUACGAGGGGUCAGGGGGUGGUUGGCCUGGUGCCCAGCCAGACGGAGCAGGAGGAGGUAGGGGCUGGGCAUGCACCUUGGUUAAGCCCCACCCCCUGUGGCAGAGUCUCUGCCAACACUCCUCUGAGGGCUCAUUUUCCAGUCUCCAGUGGCCCCGGGGUCUUUUUGAGAACUACCCACCUGCCACAUAGAAAGAAAUGCUCUAUUGGCAGGGAGGCCUCCUGGAACCAGUCGGGAACCAGGCUCUGGAAGGUCAGGGCCAUUUUUUCCCUGACCUGUCCUGUGACCUUGACAGGUCAGCCCUCUGUAGCUCAGUGUCACCUGGCUAUGGAAGGGGCUGGUAACUGAGGUUUCCUCCCUCCACCUCUAAACACGUACACACGUAUCCCCCCAGAGAAUCCCAGAGAUGGUAGGAGCUUUGUACUCCCCAAGUCCAUGGGGGAUCAGUUUAUCUUUCUGGACUUAGUUUUAUCACAUCCAGCUCUAUAUUAGCAUAUUAGCAUAGGUGAGAAAUAUGGCCAGACUAGACAGAGGUCAGGUCAUCAGGGGAGCUUCUGAGCUUCACCAAAGCCCACAGGCAGCUCUGUGAACUCCGAAUGCUACCCUACCUUCCCUGCAGACCGAUAUUCAUGUCUGGACCCCUGGGGGCACUAUUUAGUGUUUACCCCCAUCUCCAGUGCCCCCUCCAAGGCUGUGCAGUGUCUUGGGGCUCUCAGGGCCAACAUCGAAGAGAUGGGGGCCACCUCUUAACACCUGACAACUGUCUCCCCUCACCCUGAUUACUGAAAACAGACAAAAUACCUGGUUUUCUAGGGUUUAUCUGUUUUUUGAGUUGUGAGUUCCUCAGGGCCUUGGCAUUGCUAGUGAUGGUCCCCUCUGCUGUGUGAGAAACCCCUCAACCCCUUCCUCCUCCCUCUGGGGAUGAAGUGGGAGUAUUUGGCUCCCCUCUUUUGACAAAAGGGCUCAGUGCGGGGAGGUGGAGGCCUCUGAGGUUUGAAGGGCUCUGUGAGUUAGAGCUGUCACAUGUUCUCCUGGUUCUUGAGUUUGCAGCAGGUCCUGAAAAGGAAGGCUCUGCUGGCCCCGUGCCUUCCUGACCUUCUCUCUCCUUCCCUCCCCUUUCUUGCCAAGUUUGCUUUGGUUUCUGAGCAGCCCAGAGAGGAGGAGGGUUCAUCCCCAGGGAGGGCCCAGGGCUGGAGUCCCCAAUCCCUGUGCUGUGGGCACAAAGAGACUUCAGCUCUUCCUGUUGCCUUGGCUUUUUCCUGAGCAAAAACACAACAAACAAAAAGGCCAGAGAAGAGCACAGACUCUGUCCCUCUCACAGCUCUCCAGAAGAGACCCCCUGAUUCUUCGCACCACCGGAUGCCACUCCAGCCAGCAGGAUUGCUACACACACCCUCUGUUCUCAGACGUCAUCUGCCUGGGCAGCCGCCUCUCAGAUUCCUGUCUUCGUUUCAGACACUUUUCUCUGAAGCAUGCCCAUGUCCACCAGCCAGCGUGCCCAUGUCCCCCCCAUCAGCCAAGCGAUUGGGGCUGAACCAGACUUUAAAAGAGAGGAGGAAAAAAAAAAAAAAAAGGAAACAUGAAUAAAUUGGAAUCCAGUGGUGUUGGGGCUUUUGUUUUUAUUUUGUAAAGGUGAUGACUUCUUAUAAACUCAAUUUUUCAGAUGA